GACUUGCAUUUUUGAUAUACAGUAAUGCCAACGUUGAUCAGAAUUUAAUGGCCUGCUUGUUACUUGUAGUACAAUCAUCCAAGUUAAUAUGCUGUGAUGCUAUCUGUUUCACCGCAAAAGUAAUACUGUAUGUACAGUAAUUCACAAUUCAGAGUAAGUGGGAUGAUUUGAUGGGCCGUUUUCACACCAGCGUGGCCAGAUAAUCUCCCAUUGGCCACUCGUACUGUUGCGUCAAGAGCAUAAUUCUGAUUGGUUACACGUUUGGCCACGUGUUCAAUAUCAACCAAUCACGAACCCGAUCAUGGUGGCUCAGUGUUGUCAGUCAUGUUAAGUUAGCUAACUUUGCUGCUAAACGCAUUUUAAAAUACGUACAGAAGGACUUUUACAAACACUGAUUUGCAGAAAUAGAAAGAUGCCCGAGGAUAGCAUGGAGAAGACAUACACAUGCACAGCUCCCGUGAAUAUUGCGGUUAUUAAAUACUGGGGAAAGAGACACGAGGACCUAAUUCUACCCAUCAACUCGUCGUUGAGUGUAACGCUUCAUCAAGAUCAGUUGAAAACAACCACGACAGUGGCCACCAGCAAAUCUUUUGAAGAAGAUCGACUGUGGCUCAACGGCAAGGAGGAGGAUAUCAACCAUCCAAGACUACAGUCCUGUCUGAGAGAGAUUCGACGUCUUGCCAGGAAAAGACGUAACGAUGAUGAUCCCGGUUUGGAUUCAACUUGUUUGUCUUACAAAGUUCACAUCUGUUCCAUCAACAAUUUCCCCACUGCAGCUGGACUUGCUUCAUCCGCAGCAGGAUUUGCUUGUUUAGUAUACACACUGGCCCAAGCGUUCGGUGUAGAAGGGGAAUUGUCUGGAGUGGCUCGUCAAGGUUCAGGGAGUGCGUGCAGAAGUAUGUACGGGGGAUUUGUCCAGUGGCUCAUGGGGCAUCAGAGUGACGGAAAGGAUAGUCUUGCCCAGCAGGUGGAGCCAGAGACUCAUUGGCCUGAGCUGAGAAUACUCGUGCUUGUGGCCAGUGCUGAGCGGAAACAUGUAGGCAGCACCUCUGGCAUGCAAACUAGUGUGCAAACAAGUCAUCUCUUAAAGCAUCGUGCCGAGUCUGUCGUCCCAGACCGUAUGGUUGAGAUGAUUAAAGCAGUGCGCGGGAAAGACUUCACUGCAUUCGCUGAACUCACCAUGAAGGACAGUAACCAGUUUCAUGCCACCUGCCUGGACACAUACCCUCCUAUAUUCUACCUCAACAGCGUAUCUCAUCAGGUCAUCAAUCUGGUCCAUCGAUACAACAGUCAUUACGGGCUGACCAGGGUAGCCUACACCUUUGAUGCCGGGCCUAAUGCUGUGAUAUUCACUUUAGAGCAGUACAUUUCUGACUUUAUUCAAGCAGUCCGACAUUUCUUCCCUGCACUGACCAAUGGUGGCGAGUUUAUAAAAGGUCUUCCAGUUCCUCAUGCAGAUCUUUCUGAGGAAUUGAAACAGGCCAUUGGAUUGGAGCCCAUGCCUAAAGGAAUUAGCUACAUUAUCAGCACGAAGCCUGGCCCAGGUCCUUGUGUUGUGAAGGAUCCCACACAGCAUCUGCUUGGACCUGAUGGAUUACCUAAGAACACUGUUAAGCAGGAUUCACAUAACAGAAACAGACAUAAAAACUGUGACGGAGAUAUCACCGCAACUCUAUAGCUGAGUCAUUGCCACAUUACAAUUUUGAUGCUGUGUCUUCCUUUAGCAAUCACAUUGUCUUAUAUUUUAAACUGGUUUGUGUGCUCUUUUUCUAUAGUACUAAUUUGAAAUGUUGAAUAAUGAUAAUGAGUUAUGUAAGGUAGGCUAUGAUCGAAAACAAAACUCAGUUUUCGUUCAUUUUCACUAGGCAUUGAACCAUAAAAUGUGUGCUGUUUAAGCAGCCCUAUCAAAUUAGAUAUGAUUAUAUAAUCUACAGUUCUGAGAUCUGAUCAUGUCAUUGAAAACAUUGUCUUACACUGAAAUUAAAGACAGUAUUGUAUGAAUGUCCUGCUUACACUGUUACUCUGUAAUUCAGAUCAUUUCUGUGUUAAAAAUUGUGGAUCAGAUGCUCGCAAAUGUGGCAGGGUCAAAUUGUACAUUAUGAACAGGUACAAAUGCAAUAAAAA